AUGCCACCACCAAACAUACCCGCCCAAGACACAAGCGAACCGGAAUUUGUUCCCGAGACCCAAGUCGAAUCAUCUUCUAUCAAAAAAAGAAGCCAUAAAAAGAAGGAUGAGACCGAAAAACGUGCGACAAAGAAGGUAGAAUUUUGGUCGCCUAAGGAAGAGUUCGAGUUGGCAAAAGCUUGGCUCGACGUGUCGGAGGACGAGAUUGUUGGAGACGACCAAGACAUAAAGGCAUUUUGGGGUCGUAUACGCGAUAAGUUUUUCGCCGCAAUGGGUCGUGGCGUGUAUCGAACCCCCGACUCUUUUUCGGGAAAGUGGGGGGCUUUGAGGACGAAGGUUAGCAACUUCAACAACAUAUACAAUAACCUCGUCAAUAACACUCGAAGGAGAAGUGGUGCGAGCGAUGUCGAUAUCAUGACCGAAGCCCACACCGAGUAUAGAAUGCACCAAGGGCAUAUGUUUAACCUGGUAACCACAUGGGAGCUUCUUCGCAAAUCUCCAAAGUGGCACCUUGUGCCACCGUUCGACCCAACCCGCCCUAGAUCCAAACGGUCCAAAUCGACAUCCACCACCGAACCUUCUGGGUCAGAUGCUCGUACAGUAAUUAAUCUAAACGAGGAUGCUGACGAGUUUGAAGAACCCCAAGAGCUGUCUCGUCCAACUGGUAGGGAUAAAAGUAAAGUCUACUAA